GAGCAGCACAGGGGGGCGGCGGCUGCGUUAACUGUUUCAGUUUCAUUUAAACUGCGACAGGACCGUCACCUGGAGGCCAGGAGCAUCUGUACCCUCACCCGACCCCAGUUGGUAUUGUCGACGAUCUCCCAUUGAAAACAUGGAAGGUACUUCUGAGGGUUAUAACACGAGACCGAAAAGAAAGUCGCAGGAUUUUAUGGAAACACUUAGAAUUGAUUGGAAACGAACCAAAGUAGACAGCCUAUCCCGUAUAUUCGACUACGAUGAGUUCAACUCUUCAGAGGAAGAAACUGAGGUAGAUGAUGUUGACAGCAGCUCCACGGGGGAGAGCGAAGAGAAAGAGGCAGAAAAAUGUGCACCUUCUACAGACAACAGAGAAGAUGACGGUUGCAUUAAAAAACCCAGACAAAGGAGAACAUCUGGUGCCAUAGACAGCAGCGACAGCAGUGACAGCGGCUCUGACUUCGGCACAAUUGUGAGAAAGGUCAACAUCAAACCAUGGCACCACGUGAUAGAGGAAGACGACCAGGAGACAUGUGCGGACAAAGAAGAGAAUAAUUUCACAGUCCUGAAAGACUAUCCAGGAACAUCAGAAGAGGAGGGGACAGAGAGACACCGCAAGAUACAGAAGAGGUUGGAGAUCCUCCAGAAGCUUUCAGAAAAGAGACGCUCCCGAAGCCGAACAAGCAGCCGGGAGCCAUUUGAGGAAAAGUUAAGCUUGAUUGAUAGGGAUCCAAUUUCCGAAGCGCAGAGUGAAGCUGAGGACAGUGACGAUAUGUCAGACUUCAUAGUACGAGAUGACGAGGAGAAUCCAGAUGAGGAAGUCGGGUGUCAGGAUCUGUUUGCGAAACAUAACCUUUCUCAGUUUGCCUGCAGUGACCUGCACUCUCACCUUAAAAAAGUGAUUAAGGCAUUACUAAUCAAUAAAGUUGAUAGUAAGUUUCUGGGAACACUGUAUGAAGGAAUAAGGGAAAAGAGAUAUGCUAAAGACAUGCUGAAAUCACUGAAUUACUUAGAGGAACGUAUCAUAGCGCCUCGCCUUGAGAAACUCACUACCAGCUGUCGCUGGUGCACAUCUUACAAGGAGCGGGUAAGCUGCUACCCUCACCUUGACGUAAAUGGCAUAGGGUCUGCGGGGCAGUACUGUGACGCCUGUAAAUUACGCCGACAUUGCAGGUUCAUGGUGACCUUAUCAGGGCAAGCCUACGACAAGAACACCUUAAAAAAUGACGACUUUCUGCCAAAUGACAAACAGGUAUUGUUUGUCGGCGCUGUUUGUGCCAGUCGUAGCAAAGUAUACCACCAGCUUCGACACUACAAAUACUUUCUGUCCCUGCGCUGUGCUCCAUUCCUUGAUAAAGCUAAGGACGUUUCUGGAAAAGAAUUAGUGAUGCGAGCUUUAUCUAAGAUGGACGAGGAUGAUUUUAUUAACAAGGAAGUUGAUUGUCUUGAAGAAUAUUUGAAUGAUGCCGAUUAUUUCCAGGAAGAGGAUCUGGCGUUGCUAAUAAGCUAGCCCGUGAAAUAUGGCUGAUAUACAGUUGUAUUAUUUGGAAAGCCAUUUAACAAGAUGUUUAUAUAUGUUUUUAGUUGAGUCAUUUUUAUGGAAGAUUUGACAAUAAAGGAGAGACAUGGUACAUAGCAGGAGAUAUACAAAUGAAAAGAAUAACCGCGCAAGCUGCUGAAGGCGCCAUUCAGGUGCACGUGACAGAAAGCCAAUAUAGUAUUGGAACCAACGUCACAUGUAAACUGGAGAUCAAUUAGGCAACCUAAACAAAUUAACAAAUAUACAAAUGGAGCCGUGCUCACCUGAGGCGGCUCCAUCGCAAACGGGCACUCUAGGCGUGACUAGGCGAUCUGUCCGUCUAGUCACGCCGGGAGUGUAGAGAGACGCUUCCAAUCAGAGCGUCUCUGUCCGGGCACACAGAUGGAGACGCUCUCCAUUCAAGUGAAUGGGGUGAGUCUCCGUCAUGGGCGCGUGCUCGCGCUCAGGCGGACGGGGACGCUCCCGGCGAUACAGACGGAGCCACGGCUAGUGUAGCUCCAUCUGUAUGUAUGUAUAUAUAUAUAUAUAUAUCGCUGCUGCAGAGCCGCUCUAUAACAGGCAUAUGCCAAGACAGAAUAAUGAAAAUCAUCAGAUCAAUUACAUUUCUAACGUGUUUCUAAAAGAAGAAACAAACCCCAAAUACUAAAAACCGCCCCCUAACCUGUAUAACCAUACCCCAAACUUAUGGCAUACCUAGAUCCCCAUACAACAAAUAAAACCUACGCCAGAUGUAAUAAAGUCUGAUCUGGCCGUACUCUGACGUUGGUGAUCAUGUAGAAAUCAUGGUUUUGCCUUCAUCCAGGCCAAAAGUGAAGGGACAAACGACCUGUAGUACUACAGGUCAAGUAAAAACAGGAUAAUGCAGCCAAGCCAAAAAAAAGUGGGGGGGGGGAAUACAUAAAGAAAAGCUACAUACAGUAUACAAAGGCAUAAAAAACCCAGGAGUCAACCCUAGAGCCAAAUGUGCCAGCUAGGUGGAAGCUUCACAGAAUGUAUCCGAAGGAUGAUCAUGCCUGCCAGUCGCCACCCAAUAUCAUAGCAGAGAGAGACAAGGAGGAGCUGGAGAAAGUCCAACCAGAGACCACUGCUCCAUCACAUCAAGCAGUCGCCCAGUUUAGACCAAGGAAUUCUCAAUUCCAGCAAGGUGCAGAGCAACAUCAGGAUGUUUAAAGUCGGGUAGUAGUACCAUAGAUGCCCUUAAAGUCCUGUCUGGAAGGAGUCUCCGGUAGGAGGAUGGUAUUCUCUGUCCACAGCAAACAUUGCAUGAAACUGACCAGCAUCUGAGAGUCCCCACACGCAGGCUGACAUCAGGGAAGCAGGAUCUAAUGUAUUGUGUAUUGGUUUUAGUUCAUUCUUAGCUGUGUUCUUAACAUAUUAAACAUGAUUAUUGGAGGUCA